GAUAGAGCUUUAGAUCGACUACACCCUUCCACUUCUUGCUGACCCGUUUCAGCAACUGAUUCUCUCAAUUUCCCCCUUUUCCGCUCCACGCCCUUUUCAAUUUCUGCUAUUUUUCACGUGAUUUUGUCCCUCAAUUUCUAGAGUAGAACUCGUGUCUGGAGGUCUUAGAAGGCUAUGGAUUGCGUCAAGGUUCUUCUUGAUGGUGGAAAGGGGGGAGUGGAGGGUGCAAAAGAGCCGGGGCUCAAGAAUGUGAGCUCCCACUGCUCAAUAUCAGAGAUGGAUGAUUUUGACCUCUCUAAGCUACUUGAGAAGCCUAGAUUGAACAUUGAUAGGCAGAGGUCAUUCGAUGAGAGAUCAUUGAGCGAGUUGUCGGUUGGUCUGUCGAGAGGUUUAGACAAUUACGAUAGUUACUCACCUGGGCGGUCAGGAUUGGAUACCCCUGCCUCGUCUGCUAGGAACUCAUUCGAACCACAUCCAAUGGUUGCUGAUGCUUGGGAAGCCCUCAGACGCUCGUUGGUGCACUUUCGUGGUCAGCCAGUUGGCACAAUUGCUGCUUACGAUCACGCUUCUGAGGAGGUCUUGAAUUAUGAUCAGGUGUUUGUUCGAGAUUUUGUGCCGAGUGCGUUGGCCUUUUUGAUGAACGGGGAGCCGGAUAUAGUCAAGAACUUUCUGUUGAAGACUCUCCAACUUCAAGGAUGGGAGAAGAGAAUAGACCGAUUCAAGCUUGGCGAGGGUGCUAUGCCGGCUAGUUUCAAAGUGCUCCACGACCCUGUUCGCAAGACUGACACAAUCAUAGCAGAUUUCGGAGAAAGUGCUAUUGGAAGAGUGGCGCCAGUUGAUUCCGGUUUCUGGUGGAUAAUUCUCCUCCGAGCAUACACAAAAUCGACGGGUGACCUCUCUCUGGCAGAGACUCCUGAGUGCCAGAAGGGGAUGAGGCUUAUCUUGGCCUUGUGUCUGUCCGAAGGUUUUGACACGUUCCCUACUUUGCUGUGUGCUGAUGGUUGCUCGAUGAUUGAUCGUAGAAUGGGAAUCUAUGGCUACCCCAUCGAGAUCCAGGCGCUCUUCUUUAUGGCUCUAAGAUCUGCUCUAUCCAUGUUGAAGCACGACGCAGAAGGCAAGGAGUUCAUCGAGAGAAUAGUGAAGCGCCUCCACGCUAUGAGUUACCACAUGAGGAGUUACUUCUGGCUCGAUUUCCAACAAUUGAACGACAUAUACCGGUACAAAACCGAGGAAUACUCUCACACUGCUGUCAACAAGUUCAACGUGAUCCCUGAUUCGAUCCCGGACUGGGUGUUCGACUUCAUGCCAACGCGUGGUGGUUAUUUCAUCGGAAAUGUGAGCCCCGCGAGGAUGGAUUUUAGAUGGUUUGCUCUUGGUAAUUGUGUUGCCAUAUUGUCUUCCCUUGCCACUCCCGAGCAAGCUUCUGCUAUCAUGGACCUUUUCGAGGAGAGAUGGGAGGAGCUCGUCGGAGAAAUGCCCUUGAAGAUAUGCUAUCCGGCUAUUGAAAGCCACGAGUGGCGGAUUGUGACCGGAUGUGACCCAAAGAACACGAGAUGGAGCUAUCACAACGGAGGUUCUUGGCCAGUGCUUCUGUGGUUGCUAACAGCUGCGUGCAUCAAAACCGGGCGCCCACAAAUCGCGAGACGAGCAAUCGACCUUGCAGAGAGCCGCUUGCUGAAGGACAGCUGGCCUGAGUACUACGACGGGAAGCUAGGGAGAUACAUUGGGAAGCAAGCGAGAAAAUACCAGACGUGGUCCAUUGCCGGAUACCUCGUGGCAAAGAUGAUGCUUGAAGAUCCCUCACACUUGGGUAUGAUCUCGCUCGAAGAGGACAAGCAGAUGAAACCCAUCCUCAAGAGAUCCUCGUCGUGGACCUGCUGAUCAAAGGGAGCAGCGCGUGAGACGAGACACGAGACGCGGUUUGGAAUCGGAACUAUGAUUCUUUGGUGGUUUCUCCCCCCUUGUUUGUAGGUUUGGGUUCAAGAUUUGAGUGUAAUUAGUCUCUAGCAAGACUUUAUAUCUCUUCCCUUAAUUCUCCUAAUAAAGAAAAAACAAUUUCAUCAUAUGUGGUUUAUGUUUGCUCUUCAAAGGGAAUUUUCUCAAUUUGAA